CGGAAGUUGUUCACUCAAGUUAGAUUACAGAUUCAGAUGUGAGGAUUUGAUGUUAUUUUUAUUGUAUUUAUUUUUAUUUUUUUAAAGCAUCACUUUACUUUGGAAAUCUUGGUUUAGGUUGGGACGGCGAGGACAGCUUAGUGAUACCUUGAGGUAGAAUAUUUGAUUUAUUUUGUUAUUUUAUCAUAUAUGUGUAUCAGCAUGAUGUUCAUACGAUUUAAAACCAUUUUUUUUUCAUUGUAAAUGAAUGUUUAAAUAAAAUAAUUCUAAUGUGUCCAUGGUCUGAACGUGUGAUAAGUCAAACCAUCAUUAUAUGUAACAUCUGAUAAAAAAAAGUUUUGAAGCAGGAAUUAUUGUAAGCCAAGCUAAAUGGCGACCCCCUCCCCCCCCCCACUUCCCUGUUGCACCACCCACCAGCACCCGACACAGUAGGCAUCUAAAAUGAUGUCGAUAUUGAACUUCUGUGCAGAUUAAAAAGUUUUUUUUUUUAAUGUUUAAAUCUUACCUUUUCCUCAUCAUCACUGUGCAGUGGUGUAGCUUGGGGUUUGGUGCCACCUGGGGCGCAGCAAAAAUUUGUCGCCCCUUUCCAUGAAAAUACCCGCUGCAGUUGAACCUGUUAAUAUUAAGGAGAAUGUGCCACCCCUUCCCCACACCUCUAAUGUGUUCCUGAGACUGUGUAGACAACCUUCAACAAAUAUAAAUAAUUUAACCUAUUUUUAGAAAUUAAAACGACCAUCUCGACGUAUUAAAACAUGCUGAAAUAUCUGCUGUUUUUUUUUUUUACAUUUCAAAAAAUGUGUUUAAUAAUACAGUUCUUAGAUAAAGCCCCGUUGCAUUUACAUGAUUUGUGUAAUACCUUCCCAUCAACCAUCUUCUAAUUCACUAUCUUAUCAGAAACUGCCAUGGCUAAUGAGGUCAUCAUAAUGAGAGUGUUAUGUGUCUGAGUCUUCGAGAGAAAAAAUUCAAGCCCUUUCACAAUCCCGCGAAUUUUUCUUAAAAAUGAAAGACCUUUUAUUUUUUUGGAAUUCAUUAUAAUUUAGGAAGAUAUGAGUGAACCUAUUGUACUUUCGAUUAAAGCAGUUAAAGCGCAGCAAAUGUCAGCUGGUAUCGGAGUUUAAUUGUUUGUAUUCGAUACCAUUCACCUGAUUGCUGCGGGGUCACACCGUGCACAGGUCACACUGCAUGUUUUCAUGGACAAACCGUUGUAUGCAUCGGCAGACAUUCAAAGAUCUUUUCCAACCGGAUGUGCGAUGCUUACAACAAAACGACCCACUAACGUUUGUAAAGUUGCACGCCUAUAAAGCUAAAUGAAGAGUACAGGUUACGUCCCUAUAUAAUAAACCGAAUAGUAUAAUUGUACUGCUGAAGUAUACCGUAUGCACAUCUAUCUAUGUAAGUUUAAAACUGCUGAAAACACACUCGCAGUUAAGUUGAUUUCAGUCUGAUUUCAGUCAUGCUGCUGUCAGACUGCGGCCAAAUCACACCCAGAUCCCAUUAAAGAUUGUAUUGUAUUGUAUUGAACCCUUUCAUAGCGCCUGAAUCCUUGCUGUUCCAGCAUGCUCACGGCGCUCUGAUGUCCAAAAAUCUUUUUUAAAAAUAGGGUCUCUUAAUGUUUCUAAAACUAUUAAAAAAAAAAAAAAAAUUCGAAUUCCCACAAAGACUGAGGCAAAUUGUUCCAUAAUGUAGGCGCAAUAGCUUCAAAAGGGCGCUCUCCGUGAUGACUUCUUUCUGUGUACAUCCACACUAGGAACUCUCAGUAAGGACUGUGUUGAAGAGCGCAGGUUCUUAAAAAAAAACGGGCCUAGAAAUCAGUUCUUUAAGAUGUUGUUGUUAGGUUGUAGUUAAACAAAACCAAAAUACUUGAAGAAAAUUACAGCAAUUGAUCUAACAGUCCUGUUGUAGUAGCGUUGCCUUUCAAUUAACACCUAGAACAAGACUAUUGAGAAAACUCUUCUUUCCUUACUUUUUUCUCUUCCUCUGACAGCCAAGUCAAUGUUUCAUAAAUAGAGAGCUACGUCAACUUCAUUGAAAUAUUCAAACACACUUUUUUUUUUCUAGUGUUCUUUUUUAUUUUAUAUCUAAUUAUCUGUAGUUUCUUGUUUUGUUCCGUCCGCUGAAGAAUUUUCAUGAAUUUUUUUUUUUUUUUUUUUUUUUAAUUUUUGAAUAAUUUUUUUUUUUUUUUUUUUUUUUUUUUUUUUUCUAUUGUUUUUUUUUUUUUUAUUUCUAAUUAUUUGUAUUUUCUUUUUUUGUUCCGUCCGCUGAAGAAUUUUCAUGAAUUUUUUUUUUUUUUUUUCAUUUCAAGUCUAGAAGAAUUUUCAUGUAUUUUUUUUCUUUUUUUUCAUUUCAAGUCUAAAUAUAAUAUCGUGUUCCCCUAUUUUCUUCAACUCAACGCAACAGUAUCUAUUUGUAUCAUCCCUUGAACUAACUUGACUCUCUUGUCUGACUUUCUGCUGAAAAUUAGACCAAAUUGUCAAUUUUUAAAAUUUACUUUUAAAACUUGUUCUUUUAAACUUGUCUCACCAUUUUCUUAUCUUACCGUGAGUGAACGAGGGGUGCUACAACUUUCUUGCUCUCCCUGUGUCUAUGUCUCUCUACCCAUGUAGCUAUGUCCAUGUCUGUUUGUCUAUGUCUCUCUCUCUAUCUCUGUAUAUAUAUAUAUAUAUAUAUAUAUAUAUAUAUAUAUAUAUAUUUAUCUCUCUAUUUUAUAUUUUUAUUUUUAUCUUUUUAUUUUCUUAUCUUACCGUGAGUGAACGAGGGGUGCUACAACUUUCUUGCUCUCUCUGUGUCUAUGUCUCUCUACCCAUGUAUCUAUGUCUAUGUCUGUUUGUCUAUGUCUCUCUCUCUAUCUCUGUAUAUAUAUAUAUAUAUAUAUAUAUAUAUAUAUAUAUAUUUGUCUCUCUAUAAUAUAUCUCUAUUUAUAUCUUUCUAUCUAUGUCUCUGCAUCUAUGUCUCUCUGUCCAUGUCUCAUUUAUGUCACUUUAUAUGUGUCUCUCUGUCCAUGUCUCUCUUUAUAUGUAUCUAUAUCUAUACUUAACUGUCUAUGUCUCUCAAUGAGAUAUGAAUCGUUUUUUAAGUGACGGUCAAUGUAGUUAUGUACAGGAAAGAUGUUUUAUACGAUAAAAGGAAGUAACCUCAGUUUUUUAAAGUUGAUAUGUAAGAAGAGUCGCCCCCCCCCCUCACACAUAUACACCUCAUGUUGUUUUGAAACUGAUGAUUUCCUAAAUUGGUGUAAACCAUUUUAACAUGUGUAGUGUUGUCUUAUCCCUCUCUUGGCCAGGUAGCACUAAAGCUAACACCUGUUGUGCUGCCUUAUCCCUCUCUUGGCCAGGUAGCAUUGAAGUUAACACCUGUUUGCUGCCUUAUCCCUCUCAUGGCCAGGUAGCACUAAAGCUAACACCUGUUGUGCUGUCUUAUCCCUCUCUUGGCCAGGUAGCACUAAAGCUAACACCUGUUGUGCUGCCUUAUCCAUCUCUUGGCCAGGUAGCAUUGAAGUUAUCACCUGUUUGCUGCCUUAUCCCUCUCUUGGCCAGGUAGCACUAAAGCUAACACCUGUUGUGCUGCCUUAUCCCUCUCUUGGCCAGGUAGCACCAAAGCUAACACCUGUUGUGCUGUCUUAUCCCUCUCUUGGCCAGGUAGCACUAAAGUUAGCACCUUUUAUGCUGUCUUAUCCCUCUCUUGGCCAGGUAGCACCAAAGCUAACACCUGUUGUGCUGUCUUAUCCCUCUCUUGGCCAGGCAGCACUAAAGUUAGCACCUUUUAUGCUGUCUUAUCCCUCUCUUGGCCAGGUAGCACCAAAGCUAACACCUGUUGUGCUGUCUUAUCCCUCUCUUGGCCAGGCAGCACUAAAGUUAGCACCUUUUAUGCUGUCUUAUCCCUCUCUUGGCCAUGUCGCAACUGAAGCCCUGUAAUCGAGUUCUAUGUUUUGUUUUAAGAAAUAACACUUCGUUACUCAACCCCUUCAGGCAUGAUUUCAACGCUGUGCCCUGCGGGUCUGAUUCUACUUUUUAGCGCUGUCUCCGGGGCUGUCCUGCUGGAAGAACCGGUGAGUGCUUACAGUUUUCUCAUGAACGUGUUGUUAUUUUAAAAUAGUGCUUUUCAGAAAGUUCAAUUUAUUUUGAAAAAAAAUAAAUUUGCUUUUAAAAAUAAAAAAAAAAGAAUUAUGUACUUUCAUUCAGUUUCAUUUCCCAUCUCCUUUUUUAUGCAGCUUAACAGUAUUCGUGUCGGCUUUGGUGGAGCGAAUGACCCACUCGUCUUAACACCAGAGACUCUUCCCAAUAAGAGCGACUACAAAUACACGCGUUUAACCAGGUACAUGCUUCUUGACUACAGCUGCAAACUGUUUUUCUUCCAUUAAGUGAAUCCUAACUGAAACUUAUUUACAACACUUAUAAGUAAAUAUAAAUUGUCUUAAAUGGACUCUUUCUUCCGUCUUAUGAAGACAGACAUGUAAUGAUAAUGCCUUUUAUUGUGAAACAAAUUCAGUCAUUUAGGUCAGAAACAAAUGUGUCCCUGCUUCGCCUGCCUGAAGUCUAAUUAAUCUUCAACAUCAUCCUAUGUAUCCGUGCUUCACCUGCCUAAAGUCUAAUUAAUCUUGAACAUCAUCCUAUGUGUCCGUGCUUCACUUGCCUAAAGUCUAAUUAAUCUUCAACAUCAUCCUAUGUGUCCGUGCUUCACCUGCCUGAAGUCUAAUUAAUCUUCAAAAUCAUCCUAUGUGUCCCUGCUUCGCCUGCCUAAAGUCUAAUUAAUCUUCAACAUCAUCCUAUGUGUCCGUGCUUCACCUGCCUGAAGUCUAAUUAAUCUUCAACAUCAUCCUAUGUGUCCCUGCUUCGCCUGCCUGAAGUCUAAUUAAUCUUCAACAUCAUCCUAUGUGUCCGUGCUUCACCUGCCUAAAGUCUAAUUAAUCUUGAACAUCACCCUAUGUGUCCGUGCUUCACCUGCCUAAAGUCUAAUUAAUCUUAAACAUCGUCCUAUGUGUCCGUGCUUCACCUGCCUAAAGUCUAAUUAAUCUUCAACAUCACCCUAACACCACACAUCGUACCCACACACACAAAAGUACGAUAACCUCUUCCUUGCAGGUCGAGUGGGCCGUUCACCGCACACUUGGUAGAAGCUGUGAAUGCAGGCGCAAGUAAACGGGCGGUGUACAAUGCCACGGACAAAAACUGGCCGCAUGACAUCCCGUACGUCAUUCACAAAACGUUCACAGGUGAGUAGUCCAAUCGGUCAUUUACCGCACGUGCACAGGCGUGUAGUCCAAUCGCUCAUUUACCGCACGUGCACAGGCGUGUAGUCCAAUCGCUUAUUUACCACACGUUCAUGGGUGUGAAGUCCAAUCGCUCAUUUACCGCACGUGCACAGGUGUGUAGUCCAAUCGGUCAUUUACCGCACGUGCACAGGCGUGUAGUCCAAUCGCUCAUUUACCGCACGUGCACAGGCGUGUAGUCCAAUCGGUCAUUUACCGCACGUUCAUGGGUGUGAAGUCCAAAUAUGUCAUUCACCCGUUUGAGCCACGUUUGUAGUUAACUGGACAUCCUAUAUGGCAUGUGCACGUCCUCCAAAAAUGCCUGGUUUCCUCACAACAAUCGGUCCUCACAUGUUUACACCAAUAGUUCCACAUUGGUUCCACAUUGGUUCCACAUUGGUUCCACAUUGGUUCCCCAAUGGUUCCCCAUUCUUCUGAGGUUUUGCCGAAUGUGGAGACGGUUCAUCAUAUAAAGAUAUUUCUUGAUUGUGUGCGGUAAUUAUACUCUGGUCACACUUCGCUGAAUUUGGGAAUCGAAUGCUCCACUUGUAAAGCAGUCCAUUACCACUAUGCACCUAUACAGAGUAGAGGAUAUCCGUUAGUUUGAUGAUCAAUAAUGACUCUGGGAAAACAUAACUACCUUGGCAGGACUGCUAAGGGUCUCAGAUACUCCAUUUUACAUUCAUAACAGGUCUGUUCGGGCUCUAAAAAUAACCAAUCUCGCAUUCAAAUAGGUGACGUGGCCGCGUUCCGGCUCGCGCUGAGGUUCAUCUCCAGCCGGGUUUGCGUCACGUUCCACGACGUCACGAACACCUACGACCAGAACGACCCCACGUGGUUCGCCAAAAACAACUACACCAGCAACUCGUACGUGCAAAUCAGCGGCGGAAGUGGGCAAGUUGAAUUUUUUUCUAUUUCCUGCUAUAGUGACAGUGCCGCGGUCAUUCGAGUUCUAAGAAUGUCCGGCUGAGAAGAGGAAAUAAAAUUUCAAAGUUGUUAUGUGAUGUGUGAAUAGGUUAGAGAGUGGAAUCAAAGAGUGGGCGUAGAUAUUUGAGGUAGAGAGUAGGGGUAGAGAUUGUGUCUCGAGUAGACAGAGUGAGGAAUUAGAUAUCUGGAGGAUAUUAGAGAAUUUUGGAGGGGACAAAAAUCAAGAGCUGUUUUGAUAUUGGUUAGAGAGUGAGAGGAGAAGGGGGUUGGGGGUGGGUGGGGUGGGAAUCAGAAUGGUGGGGACAUAAACUUGGAAGAGUAGGGGGGGGCGGUGUUACAGACAUGAACUCCUGUUACUUAUUAAUUACUAUUCUUCACUAAUAUUUCCAAUGAACAUGAAUACAUUUAUUGCUUUACACGCAAUAUUUAAUUUUAUGUUAACAUAAUGAUGGGUCAAGCGCGUGGAAGAUCGGGGGGGGGGGGNGGGGGGGGGGGGUGGGAGGAGCCGGAUGGUCUGCCCCGUUGCAAUCUAUUUUACGGUGGCAUUUUCGCUCCACUUCAUAUGAUUUUCACAACUAUUUUUAAUGUGUAUUGUGUAUGCGGUGUAGUUGGCGGCAAUGUCAAGGACCACCUCUUGACGUCACAAACUCUAGCGACUCAACUGAGAUGUUACAAUUUUAGACCUGUUCAUACGAAAUUGUGUGCCCAAUAAUUAAGGUGUAACAUGUAUUGAAACAUGCAUUGUAACAAAUAUAGCAACAUGUAUUAUCUAUAUACAUAAUUUGCCAGCAAAUUUCAAACACCAACACGGUUCAGCCACCAUGCAGACUAUUUUUAGAUACGCCAGAGUGUAGUUCAAUAAUGAGUUCACUAGCGCGCAAAAUAAAAUUCCCAAUAACUAAGCUAUAUAUGAUAUAUAUUUUUUUUUUAAUUACGCGAUUGCUUUUGGUGCGUAAUAUUUUCUUUUCGGUAAUGAAAUCGUCUCAAUUUAAGUAUUGUGUAAAAAAUAUUCAGUUUAAAAGUGGCUGGGACAUGAGAAUAUUAAUAUAGUUCAUGGGCGUGAAAUAAAAAGUGUGCAGUGACGUAUCAUGGGAGAAGGAAGGGGUGUAGCAAAUAUUGGGAUUCUUAAAUGUGCGUUCCUUGAGUUCAUGUUUUGUCAAGUAACUUUGUUUGAUGGGAAGCUCACGCCGCAAAUGUUUGGCGGGCUCUAUCUAGUAGAAUAUAUUGUAAGAGGUUCGUCCGUCAAUAUCGACUAGGACCAUCUAUUCAUCUGGUUAGGUUGGUCUGGGGGUGAGGGGUUACGGGCAGUUCGUAGGUGGCUUGCCAGUCCGAUCCGUGCUCGGAAUAAUCUCCGGCAGCGCAGGCAGGGGAUAGUUGCUGCAUUCGGUGAUCUAAAGUUGCCUAGAAAAUUUAGAAUUUAAAAAAAAAUAUUAAAGGGUAGCAAGUUGGAAGACUCCGGAGAUAAAUUCUAGAACUUGCAUCGCCCGAUAGCAUUCUUUAGAACUAAAUAGAUCGUAUUCCAACGUAAACAACCUUUUCCCAAUCUUGGGAGGGGUGGGCAAUAGGUACAGCUCUACACAUUCAAUCAGUGACGUCAAUAUGAAAACAAAAAUAGAAGAGGAGUUGUGGACGCUGUAGAUCAACGUUGAACUAAAAUUAUGUUAAGACAUAAGCUAUAACACAUGUAUCGUAACUUAUAUUCUGACUUGUAUUGUAACAUGUAUUGUAGCAUGUAUUGAAACAUGCAUUGCAACGUGUAUUGCAACGUGCAUUAAAAGCAUCCAUGUGUUUCCACCGUUAGAUGUUUUGGCUCGUACGGUCAAGGUCCAGGCUAUGGCAUCCAAGUGGUCUACCCUUGUAACGGUUUUGUAAGUCCAACAUUUUGCCCAUUAUUUAAUACAGCCCGUUUCCGCCUUUUCAUAUAUUCAUGCGCGCUAAACAAACAAAACAAAAAAAUCACGAUUUACUAAAACUUCUAGCCUAGCGGUUCUCAACCUGUGGGUCGCGACCCCUUUGGGUGGUCGCACGACCCUCUCUCGGGUGUCGCCUCAGACCAUCUGAAAACACAUGUGCUCUACAUUUAUGAAGUGGCCACGAAAAUAAUUUUGUAGCUGGGGGGUUGGGGGGGGGGAGGGUCACCACAACAUGAGAAUAUCUAUUUAAGGGUCGCGGCAUUAGAGAUGUUGAGAGCCACUGUUCUAGCUGCACAAUUAACCUAAACCAUUGUCUGUUUCAAUCAGAAGUAGGAUCUAAGUUAAGAGUUGAUAAAACGUUAUAGCUUUGUAGGAAAUGACGGAAUAAUUGGGUUAAAAGAACAUUUUUCUUAAAACCUCUUUCUAAGACGCGUCGGUUAAAAUCUUCUGUAAGAACUCAUGUGAAAGAAAUUAUGAUGAAAUAAUUUACGAUUUAUUUAUUUAAUUUUUUUUUGGGGUCAGCUUGGGGGGGGGGGGUUAAAAAAAAGGUUUGGGGGGGGUGGAUUCAAUGCAAAAUUUUAAUCUACGUUUAUCUUUUCUUAUAUAAAUCAAACGUUUUCAUGAAAGGUUCCUCUACUCACCACUGUCCCCAAAUUUUUUUUUUUUUUUUUUAUCUUCUGUAAGAACUCAUGUGAAAGAAAUUAUGAUGAAAUAAUUUACGAUUUAUUUAUUUAAUUUUUUUUUGGGGUCAGCUUGGGGGGGGGGGGGUUAAAAAAAAGGUUUGGGGGGGGUGGAUUCAAUGCAAAAUUUUAAUCUACGUUUAUCUUUGCUUAUAUAAAUCAAACGAUUUCAUGAAAGGUUCCUCAACUCAACGCUGUCUCAAGAUCUUUUUUUUUGUUUUUUCUAGUUGUUGUUGUUGUAAUUAUUGCUUCGUGUGUCCUGACAGGGCAUUAACCUUCACGAAAUGCUGCACACGCUGGGCGUCGCCCACACCCAGGAGGGGAGCAUCAGAGACUCGUACUUGUCAGUCAACGAGGAGGACAUCAAGUCAAGUAAACCUUUUUUUUUUAGAGAGGGUUAAUUCAGAUCUGAGAGCUGAUUGGUUUGAUAGGAAUACUCAGGAGGUUAGAGUUAAACUUGGUGAUCGAAUUAAUAAGGAUGUCAUAGUUAAACUUUUUGAGAGGGUUAAUCUAGAUCUGAGAGAUGAUUUGUUGGAUAGGAUUACUCAGGAAGCUUAAGUUAACAUUUUUGAAAGGAUUAAUUUAGGAUGUGAUAGUUAAAAUAAUUGAAAGGAUUAAUUAGGAUAUGAUAGUCACGCUAUUGAUUUGAUUAAUCAGGAUCUUGUAGGUAAACUUGUUGAUAGAACUAAUCAGGAUCUUGUAGGUAAACUUGUUGAUAGAACUAAUCAGGAUCUUGUAGGUCAACUUGUUGAUAGAACUAAUCAGGAUCUUGUAGGUAAACUUGUUGAUAGAACUAAUCAGGAUCUUGUAGGUAAACUUGUUGAUAGAACUAAUCAGGAUCUUGUAGGUAAACUUGUUGAUAGAACUAAUCAGGAUCUUGUAGGUAAACUUGUUGAUAGAACUAAUCAGGAUCUUGUAGGUAAACUUGUUGAUAGAACUAAUCAGGAUCUUAUGUUAAAUCUUUUUGAUUCACCAUAAUUUUAAGUACAAUAGUUUACAAUUCAUUGGCGUUGUAAUAUUUAAAAAGUUGAUUUCUAUACAGUUUUUGUUCAAUAAUAACUAAAUGAUCACCAAACUUCAGGUCUCUUUUACUUCAGAUCUCCUCUACUUCAGAUCUCCUCUACUUCAAAUCUCCUCUACUUCAGAAGUCCUCUACUUCAGAUCUCCUCUACUUCUGAUCUCCUCUACUUCAGAAGUCCUCUACUUCAGAUCUCCUCUACUUCAGAUCUCCUCUACUUCAGAUCUCCUCUACUUCAGAUCUCCUCUACUUCAGAAGUCCUCUACUUCAAAUCUCCUCUACUUCAGAAGUCCUCUACUUCAGAUCUCCUCAACUUCAGAUCUCCUCUACUUCAGAUCUCCUCUACUUCAGAUCUCCUCUAUUUCAGAUCUCCUCUACUUCAGAUCUCCCCUAUUUCAGGUCUCCUCUAUUUCAGAUCUCCUCUACUUCAGAUUUAUUAUAUUUCAGGUCUCCUCUAUUUCAGGUCUCCUCUACUCCUACCGUAAGAUCAAAGACCCGAACUUGGUCAAUGACUACUUCGAUUCAGACUCCAUUAUGAUGUACGGAGACUCGGUAAAUAUGAUGAGGUUACAUUUUUUUAUUUAUUUGUUAAAUACUAAUUUUGGGGGUUUGGGGCUUCAAAAGUUGAUCGAAUGUGUUGUCCUCGGCACCAAGUGAAAGUUCCCGUCAACCAAUCGAGCUGAAACUGGGCACGUAGACUCGAUAUCAUUGACAAAACAUUCAAAAAAAAAUUUCAUCCCCACCCUACAACUCCAUCUCCCCCAAAAAAUCAAUUUUUUCUACAUGUGAUUUUUUAAGGGGAAGAUGAAGAAAAUAUGAUGACGCUGACUCCACGAAAUAAAAAUAGAGCUAUUGAGUUGGUGUGCAAUUUUUUCUUUUGUUUUUUCUGAAAUGGUUGGUGAAAUAAAUCUGUGGUGUAAGAGCGGGUGGGUCAUUUCAAUAUUAAAUAAGAUAAUUUAAAAACGCACAGAAAGGAUUUAUUCGAUAAACAUUGUUUUUUUAAGGGCUGUUUGAUUUUAAAUGCGUCAUCGAGAAAUUACAUUCUUAUCGUGUGGUAUAAGGUACGCUUUAUUGCUUAACCGAGUGCACGGCGUAAAUACCGGACUCUUGUUGUCUUGAUUUCUUUCAUGAGACCUGGAACAAAGACGGGCUGGAGACGUUCACCCCACUCAGAGACGAUAUGUUCCAUCUGGGCACGCAGUUCUCCGAUGAAAAUGUGGUCUUCUUUGAGCUCUCCCGGGUUUAUCGAUGUAAUGGUAAGCGAUCAUAUCUGGAGGGGGGGGGGGCUUGUUUGGUUUUCGAAGGGGGUGGGGUGGGUUGCGGAGUCAUCAGUGGAGCUGUCAUAUUAAUUUUAAAAAAAAAAUUGUGAACUGUCGCAAAUUUAUUUUAAAAAUAGGUUUGUUACAUUUAAUGUGGGAGUGUAAAGCGUUCAUGCACGUUAUACCACAGUUUAGAUCAGUUUGAUUUAUUUACUUUUUGCAAACUGUUUGAGUAACGAAACAAAACGACAUGCAAAGGACAGAGAACGACAAGAACAACAACAAGAAACGCCACUCUCAGUCGACCUUGUUAUACGAAAACUACUUAGAUUGGUAUAUUUUUUUUUCUUUGUUCAAAGAACGUUUCUGCAACAAUGACCAGACGGACUGCGGGCCUGGCUACCACACUCUGGUCAAGGGCACCUGCCGGUGCGUCUGCCCCGAUGAACUUGACCCUGCCGCCAACUGCAAGUCUCAAAUCAACGGGCGUGAGUGUGGCUGCACAAAAUAUACUUCAAUUUAAAAACUGAUUUUUAAAAAAAAUGUCUCUAAUAUUUAUCACAUUCUCAAGGGGGGGGGUGGGGGUAGGGGGUGGGAGGGGGGGGGAAUGUUUUCUUUUCACAUACUAGAUGCUAUAUACAUUAGGCGAGAGUUUGUUUUUGUUGUUUUGUUUUUUUUUGAGACGACAUGUCAAACACGAUUCCUUCAGUGGCGCUGCUGAUCAAACAUUGAAAACAGGGUUGGUCUUAAAUUGUGGUUAUGAAGAUCUUAAUGGGAUAACAGGGUUUCGGAAGCUCAAUGACCACUUAACCUGGUAUGGUAAACUGUUAUAUCUGAAUCCACAAUGCCACCAUCCCCCCCUGCCCAAAACACCCUAUUGCCCUAUCCCCUAAAUCCAUACCCAAAUCCCUCACCCCUAGACAAAAAAAAAUAAUAAUAUCCCCUACCUCCCCCUUCAAACCCAAGCGUUAUCUUACCCACCUCGUGUUCUACAAGGGUGGUGACAUUAAAGCUGAAACAAGUGAGCGCAACCAAUUUUACUGAUCUACAAUGAUUGAAAUAUAGUUUCAGUUAUAUGUAUAUAUAUUAAUAUAUAUUUCUUUUUUUUUAAAGUAUUUUCAGCAAUGCCGUUAUCUUUAUUCACAGAUUUCUAAGAAAUUAGCCUUUCUCCAAACACAUUCAUUUCUUUCCCUUCUCUCAGCGACGUCCAACCUGACCUGGCCCAACACGCCGAUGGUGUUCUACGGUGACACGAAAUGCCCCACGGGGUUCGACCCCACGCCCGGCUGGCUGCCUCUGACCGCCACCUACACUCCCAGGCAAGCCCCGGUGCCCGUGACCUACCCCAUCGCCGGACACACCCUGAGCGUGCCCCUGUGCACCAAGUCCACCCCGCUCGACCCCGGGGACGUCGACUGGUGGUCUUGGCCCCUCGGGGGACAGUUCUGUUUCGUCAAACCCGUCGGCGUGGAGUGUGGAGGACGUAAGUGAACUCUCUCCUCAAGACAUUAAAGGGAACAUGGCCGCUUUAAACACAUUUGUUAGGACCAAUGGAUUAGGUUGUUUCCUCUUUAAUUCUUUCAUUUCAUUCAGCGGUUCCCAACAUAUUUUUGAAUUGCAGUGUCCUUUUUUUUUUUAGAAUAAAUUAUGUGUGGGAGCCCUUAAGGCCUUUCCCCGUUUCUUUAAAGUUAAUGAUUAUUAGGAAAAGUGGUAUGGGGAUGUCGGGGUUGAUGCAAAAAAAACUUAAGAAGUCUCAUGUCAUAACACUGGUUUAGCAAGUGUGGUGUCAAAUAGUUUUGCCCACUCCAAUUCCACGAGAAAACAAAAAUUGGGCAGUUCUCCGAAAAUGCCGCCACUCCAUAUAGAGAAAAAAACAUCCGCCUCGCCGUUUUUUACGCCCCUGCCCUCAGCACAGGUUUGAGAACCCGUGGUUCCGUCCAUCUUUUUAAAACUAGACUGUGGGAUUUUGAUUUCACUUGGUGAAAAUAUAUAGUGGAAAGGCGCCUUCAAUUUUUUUCUAUUUGUCUAUUUCUUCUUUUUAAGCUCCCACCAUGAUCUCAACAUUUUGAGUCCUGUCAUGAGUCUGGAAAACAUGUAUUUGUUUUAUGUUUCUUUUUCUUAACUAAUUUUAACAGCGUUCACAGUAAAUGUAUAAAAAAAAACAACAUAGGAGCCAGGAUGAUCAAUAGAUUGAUCGUGGGCCCUUAAUAGAAUGAAGAAGAAGAAGAAAAAGAAAAUAUUUCUUUAUCUCACUUACAUUUUCACUGGAAUAAGUUCUUGCUUACUUAAAGAAAUAAUCAGUUAAUGUUAUUUUUUAAAAAAUUUUUAUCCCUCAUAUUAACUUCACUUUUGUUCAGGGGCUGGCUGGCAGGAACGCAGUUUUUUUCUCUUUUUUUUCGGAAAGCUAAUUGACCCACUUCCAGUCAACCUAUCGAGCUGAAACUUGGUACAUAAGCUCGCUGCCGAUGACAACACGUUAUAUCAAAUCUUAAGUCCCACCCUCAGCAACAACCUCCAAAAAUCAUGCUUCCUUGUUUUUUCAAAGUCAAGAUAUAGGAAAUUUAAUUCAACGGACUUCACGACGUAAAAUUCCUGAUCACUGCGCUAAAUGAGAUUCUUUAAAAGAAAAAAAAAAUGUGCAAGUUCGUUUGGUGCGUCAUAUUUUCUUUUGUUUACUGAAAUGGUUGGUGAAAUAAAUCUGCGGCGUAGAAGCGGGGGGAACAAUCGAAUCUUAAAAUAAAAUAAAAUAAUUAAAAUGCAUCUAAAGGAUAUAUACGAAAGACUUGGUUUUUAAUUAUUAUUAUUUUUUUUUUUAUUAAUUGUUUGGUCAUUAUUGUUCAAACGUUUAUAAAAUAGCAAGCUAGAUUGUUAUUUGAGUUGUUGUUUUUUCUCUUCCUCAUAAUAACCCUUAGAUUUAUUUUAAAACAAUGUUUUGAUUCAAACUUCUCGUCUUCUCAAAGCGUUUGAAAAUGGCGCCCUCGAGUUUCAGACGUCGAGCGCCGUCCAUCCAAACGGAAGUAUAGGGGACAUAACCAUCAACAACACGACGGUCCACGCCAAGUUCUGCUGUAAGAACAAAGAAGCUGUCGCCUUGACCACGGACCUGCCCAACGGCGAACCAUUCAGGCUAAUCCCGACGUAUCACAUCUGCCCAGUGGUCAGAGGUCAGUCGCAGAUCUGAAUCCCAGUUUUUUUUUUUUUUUUUUUUUAAUGAAAAAAAGUAUUCAGGAAUCGUAGAAAUAUUGGUCACGAGAAGCAAGCUUUGAAAAUACGUCAGAAAUGUAAACUAUCGUAUUUUAUAAUACUUUAAAACCCAGUUUUUUUUUUUUUUUUUUUUUUUAAUGAAACAAAGUAUUCAGGAAUCGUAGAAAUAUUGGUCACGAGAAGCAAGCUUUGAAAAUACGUCAGAAAUGUCAACUAUCGUAUUUUAUAAUACUUUAAAUAAAUACGCAAGAACUUUUCAUAAAAUGUAUCAAUCUUUCUUUAUUCCCACCUGCACAUAGCGAUCAGCUGUACAUUUGUAGCGUCUUUAAGACGUCAAUCUUUAUUCAGGGAAUGCAAACUAGAUUUAAAAGAAGAAAAAAAAAUAUAGCUAUUAACCUUAAAAUAACCAGAACACGUUUUUAUACUUCAUGUUUUAGAUACAUGGGAAACCAAAUGAAAUGCAAUUUUAAGCCAUUGUUUAUUUAUUUAUUUACUUAUUCAGUAUAUACCCUUGAAAUUAGAGAACGCGAUGGAAAUUUAAACUGCUUAUUGUUUAAGUUUGUUUUUUAAUUGGGAAUUAAUAGAAAUGUUUAAGUUUUUACUUAGAUCUAGUUCUUUCAAAAAGAAUAAAGCAUAAGAAUUAUUUUUUAAGAAAUUAAUUAAAAUUACUUUGAACAUUCAAAAUUUACCUACAAGUUCAUAACAUUUUAUGAAGAAAAAAAAAGAGAAGAAAAUGUCAGCAUUGGGUCUCAAAUACUAAUAACAUGAAUCCACUUUAUUAAACAAAGAAAGCUUCAAAAAAUUAAUUUAUAAGAUUCGUUUCACCUGUACGAGUGAUUAUGAACACUUUGAUUAUGGACAGUUAGAUUAUGAACACGUUGAUUAUGAGCAAUCAGAUUGUGAACACUUUGAUUAUAAACAAUUAGAUUGUGGACACUUUGAUUAUGAACACUUUGAUUAUGGACACUGAUUAUGAACACUUCGAUUAUGGACACUUUGAUUAUGGACACUUUGAUUAUGGACACUUUGAUUAUGGACACUUUGAUUAUGGAUUUGGAAUCUUUGAUUAUGCACACUUUGAUUAUGGACACUUUGAUUAUGGACACUUUGAUUAAGGACACUUUGAUUCUGAACACUUUUAUUAUGAAUACUUAGAUUAUAAUAACUCAGAUUAUGGACACAUAGAUUAUAAACACUUAAAUUAUGAACACUUUGAUUAUUAAGAUGGUAACGUAAUGCGUUGGCUUUUAAAUGCUUGAGCCAUCAUCAAAAUGCGCUUACCACAGGUGGUCCUCUUUAAGUCAUUCCUGUUGCUGUUGUGUUUUGUUUAUUUUUUGUUUGUUUAUUUUUGUUUUUUUUUUGUGGGUUUUUUUUUUGGGGGGGGGGGGUAACACAGGAGUGUUGUGGGUACCUCUAUCACAUAAUAUGCAGAUAUGCUAUAAGCAGAGUAAAAUAUACACAGUGAGAUGCAAGCCAGUAUCAGUGUGUCUAAGUGCUUCAACAUCAUGUAGGCUUGAUGGACAGACGCCCACUUUUGUUUAAAUCGAAUCUCUUUGAUUCGAUCCCUUAUAUUUUUUUUUUGUAAGCAUAAACUAACAUAAAAAAACAUGUAUAAGAAGUCGUCUCUCCAAAAGUACUGACAUAUUUUUCGUCUGUAUAUGUUUAUCACAGGUAUGAGAAGCACAUAUUCUCCUUUCACCUUCUGGACUGUAAGCUCCAAGUCCAUUGGUCCCGUCCCGCCACUGAGCUACUUCUACCCGAAUGGGUUCUAUCACUAUCAGUGCUACUACCAACCUCCCACCUAUGGUAAGACAUUGUUCACUAGUAAUUAUACCGUAGAGAGGAAUAUUUCUAUUAUUGACCAUAUUACGAUAUAUUCAUAUUUUUGUUUCCGCAUUUGACAUUGCUUUGUCUAAAGACAAGUGUUGAUAAAAGACAAGCGAAAAAUUACAUUGAUUAUUCAUGAUUUCAAGAGAAAGAAAUGCCAAGUGAACUUUACCAACAUUUACGAUUUAUUAUUAUUUUCCCCGUAUUCUUAAGCCAAAUCUACGACUGAUCUGAAAUUGAGAUUGUGAUUGAUCAUAUAGAGAUUUUUUGUUCACGUCCAGUGGCGUAGGCAGAGGGGUGUCUGUGUCCUCGGCGCUAAGUGGCACUUAAUAAUAUUUUGUUUUAUUUCAUAAGGAGGGAUGGCAUUGUCGUGCAACUUCAGGGUGUUUAAUCGUGUAAAGAGCGCGGUAAGAAUCGUAUCUCGCCCGGGGAGCACCCUACCGUUACCUAGCGAUACGCCCCUGUUUAAAUUUCACAUAUAUUGCUCAUAGCCGGAUAUAGUGAACGUGUUAGAUGUAUUACCUUUAGACAAGCGGUGACAGGACAGAUACAAAGAAAAAGGAUAGUAUAUGGGGGGUGCGUUCAAGUCGCGUGAAGUACAUGCAUAGCCGAAUAAGAUGUGUUUAGGUUUGGAGAAAAAAAAAAGAUAGAACAAUUAAAAGAACAUUGAGGCUAAAUGCCUUAAUCAGCAGAUGAGGGAUAGUAUCAAUACAGCAGCUGAUCAAAGCUAGAUUGUGAUCUAAGAACAUUUAAGUUAUCAAAUGUCAAAUAUUUUGUCUUCCUUGUUUUCUCCCGUGACAAGAUCUGGCUUUGCGGAACUCCACACAGCUUAAAAUAAUCAUAAUCAAUCACUCGGCAAUCGAUGCAUUGGCCAAUCACAAUGAGUCCGUUUAAAAGAUACGUGGACAAAAAAUUGCCGAAUCGGAAGCAAGACGAAAUUUCAAUUUGAACAGAUCUUUUGUUUAACAUCAGUGCCGUUGUUUUUUUUUUGUGUGUUCAAGACUUCGGGAUCCAUUUUAGUUAAAACUUAAUCUACUCAGCUUGCUACUCUAUUACAAAGUGUACUUAUGUCAAUCGUGGGUGGCUUCAAUAACAUCCUUGACCGCUAACUCUGUAUGGCCCAGGCUGCAACGAGGUGUUCAAUCUGACCAGCACAAACAGAUCCGUCACCGUGCUGACCCCAGGGUUUCACGCUGCCAGGGAGCCCAACAGGAGAUGCUUUUACGGCUUUAACGUAAGUAAUCUAUUAGAGACUAAUGGCCCUUUUACAAAGUGAGCAGUUAAAGUUGUUCUCGUAAGCGGUAGGCUAUUUCUAUAUAUUUUGCUAAUGUGUUGAAAAUGUUAUGGGUUUUUAGAUUAAGUGUAAAAUGUCUCUUGUUCUUACUUCUAGAAAAAAAAAAAUCUUUUAGAUUUUAUGUCUGCUGGUAGAGCGUGCAGCUAAAAAAAAAAAUUCUAGGAAAUUCGAUCUUUAAUUGAAAUGUUCGUUCGGAUGGUAAGUAAAAUUUGAUGUUUAAUUUUAAUUAACUCACAUGAGUUAUUAAGCUGUAUUUAUUUUUACUCACAGGAAUCUUUAAGAUGUGAGUAUUGAAGGUAUAAUAUAUCAGUUCUUUUUUUUUUUUAGCUUUUCGUAUCCUGAAAUUUCAAUAGUAACUUGAGGCAGUGUCACAAAUUAACAUUAUUUUCAUUAUUUUGUUUGUAAACACCUAACACGUCAAUUUUAAAUGAAAACUUAUGAAAAAAGAAAAAAUAAUAACGUCAAAAAUGACCUUCGAUUCGGACGAGUUCGAACUAAACACUUCUAUAAAUAUUCUUUGUGGUCGCGCACAUGAUUUCACAACCCCCCAACCCCACCCCACCCACCCCAAAUAUGUUUUUAUUCCAGGUACCAGAGAAUGCACGCCUUAGGCUGACAAUAAAUGAGUUACAUCUCCAUGACAACGAUCAAUUUCUGGUGAAAAAAUACCACAAGUGGCAGAAUCCUUACCAGUUAAGUUUUGGAGGAUCGGGUCAUAAAGCAACUCUAACAACUUUUUUUCUAACAUAUGGUGACUUUUAUGUCAGAAAAAUAACUUGUUAAGAGUUAGAAUAUGUAUGGACACAAAUCAUAAGUUAAAAUUAUCAAUAGAAUGUUACGUUUGUAAAUUGUUCCAUUUCUUUCACAUCAAAAUCAGGUCAUACAUAUCGACGUCCACGGAACAAUCCUAAUAAGCACAAAUGUAUUGACCCUAUUUAAGAUAGUUUUAGUGUCCAAGUUUCAUCACUGACCAUGACGCCUGCAAUCUCUCCAUGGCUCUCUCUCUACAGGGUAGAUAACGCUAACCCGCCUUAUCAGUUGGUGAGCGAAACGGAUUAUCUCUCCUUGCAGUUCUGGGCGUCAUGGGAGGCAACCACGAGAAAGGGGGUUAACUUUACCGUUGACCUCAUCCCAGGUAAAGCAAGCCUGAAACAGUUAUGCCUUCUAAUUUGACACAUCAAUCUUUGGUCAAACUAAUUUUAACACUUUAAUUUUAAACAAAUUUAGGUGGGUUUUUUUUUACUUCUGUUUUUUUUUUCCUUGCAUGGAUCUCAGGAUUCACUAAAGAAAUGUUGACCUUUUUUUUAUUUCUUUUGUUAUUAAAGCUGAGGACGAAUGCUACGCUAUAGAUAAGAAAGGGGCAGACUAUUUCGGAAACAAAUCCAUAUCAGAAACAUACGAAGAUUGCAUCCCUUGGGCCAAGGCGACUACCUGUGACGAUUUCCCAUUCGAUGGGUAAACCCACUGUUAGACUCGUUUCUAGAUAUUUCUAUUCAAAAGCCAUCUCCUGUUUGUGUCCCAUGUUUGUAUUCCCCUGUUUGUAUACCAUGUUUGUAUACCAUGUCUGUAUCUCCUAGUUGUAUCCCCUUUUUGUUUCCCUAUUUUGUUUCCCGCGUAUGUUUAUAACCUGAAAUAUCCCCCCCCCCCCCUUUUUGUUUCCCUUUUUGUUUCCCGGCGAUGGUUAAUACCCUGAAAUACCCCCCCCCCCCAAACAUUGUUGGAACCUGUGUUAAAAGUCAUGAUGAACUGAUAUCUUGUUACCAUCGCUACCGCGUUACAACCGCCACGGAUUUUCUGACUUCAGGCUCAACGGGAUAACUCUGCUGGAGAGCGGGAACAGCUGCCGAAACCCCAACGGUGCACUGAUCCAGCCCUGGUGCUACGUGUUCGUGCGUGGAUCUGUGUGCCACAGGCGUUACUGUGACGUCUGCAACAUAAGUAUUCAACGACAUUCCUACACAAUUAGUAGCUAUUCUCUCUUUCUCUCUCUCUUUCUCUCUCUCUCUCUCUCUUUAAAUCCAUCCAUCCGCCCACCCCUCUGGCGCUACUGCCCACGUAGGGCUUUUGCCUGCCUCAACACUUCCUUCCACUCAGACCCAAAUGAUGCUUUUAUUUUCCAUCCAUGGAUUCACAGCUUCUGUAGAUCUUUUUUUCCAUAUCAUCCAUUCUUCCAAGCCUAGGUCUCUCUCUCUCUCUCUCUCUCUCUCUCUCUCUCUCUCUCUCUCUCUCUCUCUGAAACUAAACAUAUGUGUUUAUCCACGAUGUAUUUCUUUUCGUUGUUAGUCUUUUUUUUUUUGUGAUGAGUCUUGUUUUUUUUUUUUUUUUUCUAUAUCUUCCAUUCUUCCACGCCUCGGUCUCUCUCUCUCUCUCUCUCUCUCUCUCUCUCUCUCUCUCUCUCUCUCUCUCUCUGAAACUAAACAAAUGUGUUUAUCCACGAUGGAUUACUUUUCGUUGUUAGUCUUUUUAUUUAUGUGAUGAGUCGUGUACUUAUUUUUUUUUUUACUAUAGAAAUGAUUUCUUUCAAUGUCAAGAUCAUGUUAUUUACAUAUAGCUUAACACAACUCCUCAUUGAUGCAUAGUUUUAGAAUUUAGCAGAAGAAAAAAAAAAGCGUAACUUAACAUUGGAUGCUAAAAGUGUUUAAAUAAAUUGUUCAUCUACGAGGACGCCACUUGCAAAAUCUCAUAAGUCUCUGUUAGUAAAAAAAAAAAAAAAAAAUUUGAAAAAAUGGCCUCCUCUUUUUUACAAGCAGCUUGGUCGCGAACGUUCACACCUGGCCCCACCGGCGCAUCUUGGGGGGGGCUAAGGGGGGGGGGGGACCACCUCAUUUUGCGCCUUUCGAAUUAUAUCUUUGUUUUCAAAAGUAUAUAAGAGAUGUUUGUGAAGACCAACUUUGAGAUUAAGCCCCGAGCGACUUUGAGUCCCGUUACGCCCCUCCGUAUAGUUAUAACCGAUCGACAAAAUCCUGAUCACCAAAAAAUUCCUGUCCAACAGAGUCGCCAGUUGACAUGAUCAAGAACUGCGCAGCUCUGAAGUCGACCAUCCCCGAUUUCUGUAACACGGCCGUCGAGCGGUUUGGAUGCUUCAAAACUUGUGGAUUUCCCGCGCAAUACCAUUCGCCUGGUAAGUUCUAUUUAAAAUGACUAUUUUUCGAUUAGACAACAAAAAAAAAAAAAGACUCUUAAAUGGAUCGACGUUGCCACUUGCUCUUAGGGCUCGCGGGGACAGAGAUAGUUUUAGGGACGGACUCAUCCAGUGCGUGCACAUAUCCACAAGAACACUAACGAUGAAAAUUAUACUUAUAAAUCAAUCCAUAGGCUCAGAGAUCCAAAAGUAUAUUAAUCAUGAAAUUAUACCUAUACAUCGAUCAGAAUACACACAGAUCCACAGGUACACUAAUGAUGAACAUUCGUCUUAUGUAUAAGGAUUAUUUUCAGGAACGUGUCUAUGAAAGACUCAAAAUUUGUCAAAUCAACAAAAAAAAAAUAAUAAUAAAUAUGUCAAAAACGGGAAGUCCACUAAGCUGACCAAUUGUUUUUAUAGGUCCAACUAAUGUCAAAAGUGGCGCGUCAUUUUCCUCAUGUUGGAUUGCCAACAUUUAUACUGAGUCGUGUACAUUUUCAUUGUGUUCAAAACAAUUUUGAAUCAUGUGUACUCACAUAGAUAUUUUAGCCGGUUUAUACUGUCAAAAGACUUAUGGGGGUCCAACUUUUUUUUGUUUUUUUUGUUUUAGCGAAUUGUUCCGCCCCGAGUUUACCACCUGACGUUAUCGUCAAUGGUGGCCUGAGGACGCUGUAUGCAGAAGGGGAGGUCAUCAACAUAACAUGUAGCAGUUCUGGCGCUUUGAUCAACGAGAUCAGAUGCACUAGCGACGGCUGGUCGGGACAGGCCUUUGGGUGUAAUGGUACAUUUGAGUGAUCACAAAUUAUCUGACGUCAUACCCGUCACGUGACUUUUUGAGCCCCCAUGCUUCUUUUCAUUUUUAAAGCCCCGGGCAUUCAAAAUUUAAAAUUCCAUGCCCCCCAACACCCCCCCCCAAAAAAAAUAAAAUAAAAUAUUUAAACAAUCACAAAUUUGGACCCUUUAAAUAUCCGAGGCCGACUGUAGUCGCAGGCAUUUCAGAGCCCACGCGAUGGCUCUAGUUGACUUGAUUAUUUUCAUUAACUUUUGUUAUGAAUUUCUGUCUGAUGUAGUUAGCUGUAGCUGUAUUUAAAGUCUCAUUCGAGUAAACCUUGAUCACACUUUCAAACAAGAAAGAAAGAGAGUAAACACACGUUUUUUGUUUUUUUUAAAAGGGGAAAAGAAGAAAGAAAAAAAAAGUUGGUGACGAGUGGAGAGAAGAGUAAAGCUGAAAUAAGAGAAGAGUCACAAACAAAAAUUACUCUUAAUUAUUUUUUUUGUUCUCAAACGAUUACCUCAUGCUUGUUGAUGAAUGCCGCGCCCCCCCCCCCUUUUUCCCCACAGGCUGUCCGGAGAACUGGAUCCCUUACGGAGACAGGUGUUUUAACUAUUCCGUUUCCGGACUGACCCGGAGGGAAGCUGCGGCCAUAUGCCGGUCGCAUGACCCGACGGGCACACUGUUUGAGGUCAGGAGCCUGGCGGACCAACAAAUGAUACGCAAGUUUAAAUCAUCCCUGGGAGCGAAGUGAGCCAUCUCUUGACAUAUUAAGGGAAUAGUUGUAUGUUGUUUUAUUUUGGUGGGGAGGGGUACUUGGUCUUACAUUUCAUCUGUUAUCUGAACGGUCAGACAGAAGCGUGCGAGUACUAUUAUUGCAGGCACAAUCCGUAGAAAUGUUGAGCAAGAUUUAAGUGGGCAAUUAGUAGUACUGCAAACUGGGCUCGGAAAGAGAACCUAGUGUAUGCAGAAUUUCAUGUAGAUACACAGUUUUCUGGAGAUAAAAAAAGGGGUGGUGGGCCUUUUUUUUUUUUAAAUGAUGAAAACAAAUGGUAAAUGUUUAUGAAUUUGUUACAAUCCAAACCACAUUUUCAUUCUAAAAUAAUUUUUAAACUCGAUUAAACUAUUGUUUGUACUCUAUUCAAAAUUUCCACCGCUAGCUUCGACACAGGCUUCAAGACGCGCUCACAAUGGACCAAUCAUGAUCCCAAUUUUAACAUCUACUUCGUUAAUUGGAUGAUUUAUUUUUUAGGUCAAUUUUAACACGAUGAGCUAAACACUGGGAAGAAACAAAAAACAAAAAAAACAAAAAAAGUUGGAAUAAUAGAGGUCUAAUUGGAGUGUAUUAAAUAAAAUAUCGAUCAGCUGCAGCUGGUUGCAUAAAGCAACUGCCGCGAUGUGGCUGCAUCGGAAUGUAGGAAGAAAAAGGAAUAGACGAAAAGACAAUGACCCACAUAUUAGUGGUUCAUGCAAAAAGCUGUCCCGCCCCCUUCCCCCACGCCCUCACGCCUGCACUUGUUCAAUGUUUGUUGCCAUUUCUAAGACUGGAAAACGCCACUUUACAUUGCCUUACUGUACUAUUUUUUCGACCAGGUUUUUUCGUAAAAACGUGGCUGACAACAAUGCAUGUCAGCAUGCAUGUAUAUUUAAAGCGGUACAAAAAAAUGUUGGGGAAAGGGGGGGGGUAAAAAUCGUUCGUAAAAUAAAGUUGUAAACCAAUUUUCGUCUAGGUUAAGACCCACUAACCUGGCUCUAAUUAACGCAUAGAAGUACCGACCAGCUGUUGACAGUUUGAUAAAUGGAAUGCCCGGAUGUUUCAUUUAUACCUUUCCGCCAUUCAGUGAGAUUGGCCAAAUAGAAUGCCCGUAUGUUCUAUUAAUAGCUUUCCGCCAUAACUUUAAAGUCAUUCUCUUCGUGUGGGAACUGAGUCGCUGACUGGUGUGUUACUCUUGUGUGCAGCUACGGGCACGACAACUGGAUCAGUGGCGAGCUGGAGUCGGAAUACGGACAGUGGAUCAUGGACUCGGGCGACACGAUGACGUACUUCAACUGGUCGACCACAGCAGGUUUCAAUGUCAUUCUAUUAUCAUUUCAUAUGCCGGAAAGUUCCAUCGGAACUUUUCUUUUGUUGAAAUUGUUGUUUUACAAAACUAAUUAAGUUCGCAAUGUUUCUUAUUCUCAAACAAGGUUUUUGUAAAUGUGUAUAGGCUCUAUCCUAUUCAUUUUUUUACAAGCUGUUGCAUUUUAGAUGUUCAUUGAGGGUGAUACGUGUAGAUAGUUGUUUUGAAGAGAUGUCUUUAAACCGUGUUCAGUAUAGUUGAUCCCAAAGUCCACCAGGUUCCACUAGUAGUACAGUUUAAAAACCCACAGCGGUUAUGCAAACUAAUACAUUAUUUAUUUGUUUGGAGAAGCAAUUUUAUACUUUUAAAACCUAACUGAGACCAAUUUUUUGCAUAGAAAUCCUUCAUAUUUUAUUCAUUUUUGGAUAACAUUUGAAUGUAAAAAUGGAAAGCUCAAAAUUAUUUACCUGCUCUCUGAACCUUCGAACAAGUAAGGAAUAUUGUAAAUUCUGCUUUCAUGGAUUUUUUAUUUUUUUAAAAUGCAGAAUGCACAGUAAUAGAUUAUAUUCUCAUUUCGUUUUUUUUGUUUCUGUUUGUUCAACUCUCUUCCAGAAACGACUCGAAUGUCUUUCAACUGUAUCCAGCUCAUCGCCGAGUACGAAGCAGACUACAACCAGGGUGGGUGGACGACGCUGCCUUGUGACGGGAAACAUGUUGCCCCGUACGUCUGUCAGGUGGAUAACUCAGGUAGGCCCUGGCCGUCGGCGAAGUAGGUUUUAUUAUUCACAUGGAUUACCAUGACAGAAUAGGAUGACUAGAAUGUCAUAGAAAUGAAUUACCACUUUAAAAAAAAAUAGUUUAAAUUAACUUCGCUGUUUUUCGUGCCUGGUUGACAAAAUCUUCGGACGGAUAAUUGACCCACUUCCCAUCAGCCUAUCGAGCUGAAACUUGGCUCGUAGAUUUUUAUCCCGAAGACAACAAAUUCUGUCAAAUUUUCAGCCCCGCCCACCAAUCCCGAACUCCAAAUGUCAACCUUUUUCAAGUGGAUGUUUGAAGGAAAUAUGCUGAUACUGAUUUCACGAAAUAAAAUUCCCGACAAUUGAGUUCAUACGCUUCUUACCAAAAGAUCGCAAUGGCGAUUGGUGCUUAAUAUUGUCUUCUGUUUUUUUCUGAAAUGGUUGGUUGCGGAUGGGUCAUUUGAAUAUUAAUAUAGUUCAAGGGCGUGACGUCAGAUUUGCGGUUGUGAUCCUAAUGUUGGGGGGGGGGGGGAGGGGGGGGGGGGGGGGAGGGGGACUAAUUGUGAUUCUUAUAAAGUGCGUUCCUUGUAUGGAUGUAUUGUUAAAUGUUCAGCCCCCCACGUUGCCCGAUAUUACAUUUUAUAAAAGAUUUGUCCGCAAAAUGUUGUUGUUAUUGUUGUUUUUUCAGCGAUGUUUUAAAUUUUUUCAUGACGUCGAGAAAUUUUUCGGCAGUUUCCUAAACAACAACAAAACCAAAAUUCUCGAUACCAUUUUGUUCAGUUUCCAGUGUCUGCAACGACCGUGUUCGCACCUGCGCUGACGUCAUCGCUGCCUUCCCAGGAUUCUGUCGUGUUGGGAGGUCCUCGGCGUCUGCUGUGAGAUAUUGCAGAAAGUCGUGCGGACGCUGCCAAGGUUAUUGUCAAGCCUUGGUCCUUAUUUUCUUAAUGUCUGUUGGGAAAAAAAAGGGGGCAGGCUUAUCCUUAUACCGUUGUCGAGUCAUGCUAUUUUAAAUUUUACAGAUUCACUUCUUGGAGUGUAAGAAUAUGACUCAUAAAAUAUUGUGUAGCGUUGCCAGAGAUGUUUUUAAAAAAAAUGAACAUAAUGUACAAUUUUUUUUCAGAUUCACGUUACUAGAAUUAGAGAAAGUUCUUUUGUUUCAUUGAAAAUGAAAAAAAAAAAAUCUUUUAAAUUGAAAUUGAUUCAUUUCUUAUCACAAAUGCUUUAAAUGUUUUAACAGUAAAUGCAGCUAUGCAAAAAAAACAACAAAAAAAAACAUUCUCGAUAGGUUCUAAGUAUAAUUUAAUCGAAUCAUACAUUGAAAAUACUUUGAUUUUAAGUCUCUAAUGGUGGAGCCAAGUGUUCAGACCUGGGCAGCAGCACCUUGACGAGAACUUCGUCUCAGGUCACUGUAAGUGUAGGACAGGUCAUGACCUUCACGUGCAAGCCCAAUCUGUAUCACGUGGGCGGAGACCUGACGAGGGCGUGCUCAUACCGCGGCCACCUCCUAGGGGCGGAACCAGUUUGCCAAGGUACUUGAUUUGUCACUAGAUAAACCGUCUUGUCUUCCCCUUCAACACGUCAUUGCAAUCCGCGAGACACUGUUUGAACAAGUUACACAAGUUAUUUUGCUGUUCCAUUAUACGUUGACAUACUUUCACUAACAUAGAAACCAAAUCUCUUACCGAUGUCCUUUUUUACGAUUCCCAGAUUUUUUUUCCCAUUUCUUAAAUAAUUUUAAUGGACAUGAUCUUUCGAAUCGCUAGUUCGCUUAACCGCUUAGAAAUAUUCCCUAUCGACCCCCCCCCCUCAAUUGCUCACCCAUUCCACGACCUGCAAACACAUACAUACACAACUAUAGAGCCGAGCGUUCGUGUGUAUCAGUUUGUGUCUGCCUGGGGUGUUUGAAACCAUCUUUGUGGGGAUUUUUGUGUGUUUUUUUAAAACAAAUUUGUCUCCUUAUCACUUUUCCAAGUGGUUACACACAGUCGGGAGAGCUUAACGCUUUCCCACCAACGUAUGUCUGGGUCUUAAUGGAAUCGUUCAUUAGGAAUGACGUCAGCAACCCGAGCCCAAGAUCUUAUUGCUCCCUUGUGAGCCCCAAUUCUCAGAAUUUCUCCCCCUCCCCACACCCACACACCACAGACUUUUUUUUACAGAGUUUGGCCCAAGUAUAGCUAGCGAACCAUCUGGCUAACAUGCACAGUUAUGUACGGCUAGUUAAAUAAUUAAAUCAUCGAAUUAAACACUGUAUUUGACCAAUUUUAAAACAUUUCAAUGAACAUGUGUGAUCUCUUUGCACACAAUUCAAUGAAGCGGCGCCCGUGGCUGUAGACAUCAAAGUCGACAUGCUCAGAAGACGCCGGGAGACCUUACCUGAACGCCUGGCUAUUCUACUGGACCAUGACGGCUACAGGUAUUUCCAUAUCCGGCAAUUUUUUUUUUCUUCUAAACUAGUUUUGGGUGCUUUGCUGCUUAAGGUCAAUCGCGUGUUUAUCGAGACGGUUAUGUGUGUGUGUGUGUCAGAAACAUGCGUGUCGAAUACAUAACGCAGAAUGUGUUAGCUCAGUGGUCCUCAGCCUUUCUAAUGCCGCGAAACUUUAUCACAGUUCCCCAUGUUGUGGCGACCCCCCAACCACAUAAUUACUUUAGUUGCGACCAUAUUUGAGUAGUGGUGUUUUCCGAUGGUCUUAGGGGACCUCAUGGAAAAGGUUCGUUCGAACCCUCAAAGGGGUUCUGCCCACAGGUUGAGAUUAAUCCGCUGUAAUUAAGCAAGUGUUUCCUAUUAACUGUUGAUGACAUAAAAAAAACAACGAAUUUUUAUUUUAAAUGUUUGCAUUUUAAAACUUUAAAGAUGCCAGCAACUAUAUUCUUAAAACAAUAAUUCGUAAACGAGGACAAAUCUCUUAAACCCUCAUCAUGUGUGCUGUAUGAAUAAAAAAUAAAUUUCAUGUAAUUAAUUCUACGUUUGGUUUUAUACUUGAUGGUGUCUAUUGAUGUAACGCUUCUUAUUUUUUUUUUAUUUUUUAAUAUUUAGUUAACACAUUUUUGUUUCGUUGAUAUAUAUAUAAUUGUUUUGUUGUUUUUAGGAUACCUUUUGCGGGUAAAAUCACAAAAUGGUACUACUUUUGUGAGAAAUCUGGCACUCUUGACCUCCUGGUUUACAGACAUUCGGGGUGAGUACCCAAAUUUAGGGCUGAGUGGAUAAUAAUUAAUAUAGUAAUAAUAAUACUAAUGCUAUGUAGCAAUGUAUGUAGCAUUUGGAACAAAGUUGUAUGUGUAUCAUCAUUUGUUCAUAUAGCUUACGUUGCGAAGAACUUCAUCUCUUUGUCUCCCGCAGAGGAAGUUACCAGUACGUAGGCUCCAACUCUGUGUUAUGUGAGCCGGGAUGGAUAAGGACGCAUAAUGUGCCAGUGCCCCAACAGAUACAUGUAGUCAAGGUGAGAUAGACGUUGUCAAGGUGAGAUAGACGUAGUCAAGGUGAGAUAGAAGUAGUCCAGGUGAGAUAGACGUAGUCAAGGUGAGAUAGACGUAGUCAAGGUGAGAUACACGUAGUCAAGGUGAGAUAGACGUAGUCAAGGUGAGAUAGACGUAGUCAAGGUGAGAUACACGUAGUCAAGGUGAGAUAGACGUAGUCAAGGUGAGAUAGACGUAGUCAAGGUGAGAUAGACGUAGUCAAGGUGAGAUACACGUAGUCAAGGUGAGAUAGACGUAGUCAAGGUGAGAUAGACGUAGUCAAGGUGAGAUAGACGUAGUCAAGGUGAGAUACACGUAGUCAAGGGGAGAUAGACGUAGUCAAGGUGAGAUAGACGUAGUCAAGGGUAGAUAGACGUAGUCAAGGUGAGAUAGACGUAGUCAAGGUGGGAUACAUGUAGUCAAGGUGAGAUAGACGUAGUCAAGGGGAGAUAGACGUAGUCAAGGGGAGAUAGACGUAGUCAAGGUGAGAUACACGUAGUCAAAGUGAGAUACACGUAGUCAAGGUGAGAUACGCGUAGACAAGGUGAGAUAGACUUUCUCAAUCUUUUCAAUGUUUGAAACCCAGUGACACUAUAGGUGUGGAUUAGUACCUACAUUUUUUUCCCUAUCAGAUAAUUAGAAUAAAGGUAAGAUAUAAAUUUUAAAAAGGCUAUUCAAUAUUCCAGCCAGUGUGACUUAGGAUAUUUAAUAGACGUGUGUGCCCUUUAGAUACGCAGCAAAGGUUCAAUAUUGGGGCAUUCUUACCCCAUUUGACACGUGAAAAUCAUCACGUCGUUCCAGGAUGACGUCUUUGGGGCCUACUCUCUUAACCGCACGACCCUCAGUAUCAGCGACUGUGACGACGCCGCCGAGAAGACCUUCCUGCUUCCUGCCAUGAACGCCACGACACUGUCCGAGCUGACCAGCACCACCGGACACGUUUUUACUGGUCAUAGAUGUGCCGUCCCGUCGUUGGCUGUUCGCGUGGAACCGUAAAGAUUAAGGGGAAAACACUAUUAUAUAUUUUUUUCAUUUGUUUAAAUGUAGAAAAAAAAAUUGGUAAUAGAUGGAAUAAAAUAGUAAAGUAAUAUGAGUCAUAAUUUGAUGUAUUUGAAUCGUGUUUAAUAGCUAGCUUGUUGUUAAAUAACAAUCCAUAAUUUUAAUUUAC